AUGUUUAGGAAACCGAACCGUAACUUGCGGGUCCGGAGAGCGGAGUCCAGCGGGGAGGAGGAGGUGGAAGAAGGGGAACGGAGCCAAGUGGAGAGGCCGAAGAGACCCGGCGGACGAGGCCUAACCUGCGGGACUAAGAAGAAAAAAGAGGAGGCGGACAUAGAGAAGACUGACACCGGGGACGCAGUGGGGGCCCCUUCUGGGACUGGCGGCCUGCUCAGCUUCACUGAGGAGAGAGCAGGUGAAGAGGCGACCUUUCAGAUCAAGAAACCGAGUGUGAAUGCUGUGAUAUUUAAAGUUCAGAAGAAGACUGAAAAUGUUGAGGUUCCCAGUAGAUCCCCUGAAAAUGAUUCACAAGGCGGCAGCCAUUCAGAACAGGAGCACAGUGAACCUGAAGACCUGGAAUGUGUUAAGGAAGAAGGGUCAGUGGAAUCUGCAAGCACUAGCACAUCUCCAUCUGCUUCUCCAUCUCCACCAUCACAGGCAGUUGAAAUCCCAGACGCAAAGCAAAUCCAGGCAGCUCGCAGACGGCGAAAUCGGGCACAGACAAAAGGAGAUUUCUUAUCGCUAAAUGCGUCUCAUGAAGCCUCGAAUUCUAGCCAGUCAGAAAGCGACAAUGAACUGGAUGAUCAUGAGAGAAGGAUCAAGUUUGCCCCCGGGAUGAAAACUUUAAAUGAGCAGAUGGCUGAGGAAAUGGCGUCUGGCAGUGACUCGGGCAGUGAAAACCAAGAAGACGAUGACAGCCAGAAACGAUGGGAGGAGCUGCAGAUAAGAAAAGCUGUCAAAUGUCCGCAGGCUAUUAGAGAACUUGUCUUACGUGGAGGCAGUCCGCCUCGCGUAAAAAGGCAUGUGGAGCCAAAGCUGCCACUGGUGACUAUGGUGGAUGUAAAAAAGAAGCUGACAACAAGAAUAACCUCCAUUCAAGAGGUGCAUCGCUCCCAUCUGCUUGACUGUGAAAAAUACACGCAUGACUUAGAAAAUUCUAAAAACGUACUUGAGAAAUUGGAGACGUCCUCAGGUGAACAGAGUUUCACCUUUUUCAAAAAGAUGAAGAUUUAUGUGGAGAAUUUUGUUGACUGUCUCAAUGAAAAGAUUCUACAGAUUAAUGAGCUGGAGGCAGAGAUGUUCCAAAUCUUAGAAGAACGAGCCAAAAUUUUACUGAAGCGCAGGCAGGAUGAUCUCCGGAAUGAGUCGGCUGCAGUUCAGAAACUCUUUGGAAAUGGAGUAACAAGUGAUGUGGAAACAUCAGAUGACAAAGUAGAAAAUCAGAUUCAGGAUUGUGAGCUACGGAGAAGGAAGAGGCGACAGAGGCGGGCAGAGUCUGGAGAGGAAGACCACUGUGAAGGAAUGUCCAGUGAUGAUGAGCUGCCCACUGACCUAGAGAACAACCUGCAGAGAAGUCGAGAAAACAUCUUAGGGCAGUGCAGGACCAUAUUUGAUGAUGUCCAUGAAGACUUCUGCCGAGUUAAGAAUGUACUGCGUAAAUUUAAUGAAUGGAGAUUGAAGUUCCCCGAGUCCUAUUAUGAUGCUUAUAUCAGUCUCUGUCUACACAAGAUUCUGAAUCCGCUGGUCCGUUUGCAGCUGAUAGGCUGGAAUCCGCUGGAGGAUGUCACUGAGCUGGAUCAGAUGCCAUGGUACUGUGACACUGAAGAGUUUUGCUUCACCAAGGAAGAACAUGAGAAUAACAUAGAGGAAAAUGCAGAUCACAAAGUGCUGUCAGCAGUCAUUGAGAAAACUGUAGUUCCCAGAGUUUCUGGUUUUAUUGAACAUGUGUGGGAUCCUUUGUCUUCGCAGCAAACAGAAAGGCUGGUGUGUUUCUGCAAGACAUACGUCCUGGAGAAUGAGUCCAGCAAGACGGUUAAGGAUCUCAUCGCUUGUCUGGAUUCAAGGCUAAGAAAAGCCAUUGAAGAUGAUAUUUAUAUUCCUCUUUAUCCCAAAAGAGUAUUAGAAGACAGAAACUCUCCACAUUCAAAGUUUCGAGAGAGACAGUUCUGGUUAGCUGUGAAAUUGCUGGGCAAUGUGACACGCUGGGAUGGAUUUCUUGGGGAAGGAACUCUUCAGGAACUAUCUCUUGACAAGCUACUGAACCGGUACCUCCUGCUAGUACUGCUUAAUGCUGAGCCAAACAGCGCUAUGGUCACCAUGUGCAGCAAGAUCGUGGAGUGUCUUCCACAAAGCUGGUUUAAGGGCAUUGAAGGCGGAUCAUCAUUGGCAAAGCUUGCUAAUUUUUGCAGACACUUGGAACAGUGUGUCAGUGCUCUACACAAGCACAAUGAUAGGGAGAGUAUGGAGAAGCUGACAUCUUUGCUGAUGAAGAUAAAAGCUCAGAACGCCGCAGAGGAAAUCCUGAAGAAGUACAACCUAAUACUGAGAACUGCCACAUGACCGGCGUCUGUAACUGGAGGCCGUCCUAUGA